AUGUCUUCCUCCAACAGCGAAGUCCCUUUCCCUCCCACCGCCGGCGGUCCCGCUUCUCUAGGAGAGUCGCCCAGCGGUUCGCCCCGCCGACUUUCGACCUCGCUGCAAGCUGCGGCCACCAUGAACGCCGGUCUCCAGCACGAGCCGUCUAGACGCUCCUCCAGCGGUUCCCUCUCGCGAAGUCGACAAUCCCCCAGCGCCGGCCGAAGACGAUCCACGGUUCUGAUGAACCUGCAACUCAACGAUCCUUCUCUUCCCGGUCCGGGUGAGAUGGUCGCAGACAAUCAACACGCUCAGUCUGGCGGUGCCACAACCGCCAGUCCGCAGCCCAUGGCGACGUCGCCGAUGAUGGUCCCCAGUGGCGAUCCUCACCACAACCGAGCUCCCAGUCUGGGUGAGCUCCACCAGGAGCUCGAGGCUGAGCAGGAAGCUCAGGUCUUACAACUCCAGCAGCUGCAGGCUGCUCAAGGACAAAGCUCCUCUGCCGUCGAAGAUUCUGCCAUUGCAUCAGAGAGAUCUAACCAAGGAACACCAAUUUCGCAACCUAGCAGCAUCUUGCCUCCGUCAGGUUUCACGCCACUGCCUUCUUCUGGCUCCUUCUCGAGAUCACCUGUUAUGCCGCACCCCCGUAGCUCUUUUGAUAUCGCGAGAGCAGACCUCCAGCGCCGGUCCAGAACUCCAAGUCGCGGUGCUUCUCCGAGGUUGCGGUCAACGUCUAUAAGCGGUGAUAGCGGUGAUCAUUGGGUUCUUGGUGGCCGAGACGAGAGCGCCUUUUACCAGGCAGAGACUCAGAUGCUUGUCAGGGAGAACCAAAUGCUGCGUCACCGGAUUCGUGACUUGGUCGCUGCUGCUGGGGAGGAUGACAACACGACUGCUCACGUUACACCCUCAAUCAUCGAGGGCUCCAGCGAGGCUUCAAAGGAGGCAUGA